UAGAAACCAUGUACACUACACUCGAUCAUUUAGCAAAUAAUUAGAGAUCGUUCCUGCAUUGCCUAACGCACAAUUUACUUCCUGGAAUACACAAGUACCAGGAAUGUGAAUAACACAUUCAGGUUAAACCCUCUUGGUAUAGUCAAAGUAUAGCAUGCCUAUUUCUGUGGUGAGGAUUGUGUGGUCGACAUCAGGAUCACCCUACUGAUUGACCUGCUACGAUGGCGGAUGACGAGGACAGUUCCUCCGCAUCUGAUGAUGCAGGCGACCACGAUACAUACAUGGUCGGGGAAGUCAGGUGUGUAGCCGGAGGUGAAGCAGAUGAAUCUUAUGUAUCGGCUUUAACUGACCUCUCUAUAAGGGAGGAAGGCAAACGCAAUGGGUCCUCUGACGUCGAACACAACGACAGCGAAGAUGAUGAUGAUGAUGACGCUGAAUACCAUGAAUGUUUCGAAGAAAUGCCGAAAUCUGAUGGUGAUGAAGAUCAUAUCAAAUAUACUGAUGGCUUGGAUUCGGACCCGAUGCUUCGUGACCAUUCAUUUACAAAACAAACUGACAUCAAGGAGGAGUAUGCUGAGGAAAUGUGCAACACUAUAGCUGGAGAGGAGGAGGUAAUCGAAGUCGAUGAAGAGGAGAAAGAAGAAAGGCAACAAGAAAAUAGUGAGAUACUCCUAACCUUUCCAAAAGCAAAAAGCAAUGAUUUCAGUUCAAAGUCGCCUCAGGUACCUGUGUCACCAGUUUCCGCCGACAAGCUUCCACAGAUAUACCUAGGACAACAGUCAGCUAAUCAUGCAAAACUGGAUCACCUUUCAAAAACUACGUGCCAGGAUAUCAUGCGGGAAAUCCUAAAACACAUUAAUCCUCGAGGCAAAGAGAACCAACAUUUGCAGAAUAUUUUAAAAGAAUGGGAAAAAACACUUAACAUAAAGCGGAAAGGAAGCCAAAAUGUAGUCCUCUCACACGAUGAAAAGGUUAAACUGUUCUGCAAAACUGUUACCUAUGACAAGCUGGACAUGUCUGUAAUGUAUAAGAUUGCAAAAAACCUGUUACAAGACGAAAUUAUGUCUUUAUCAGGAAGCAGUGACCGGUGGGAAGUCGACCCUCCUGACUAUGAUGUGUCUCUGCAAGCAUGUAUCGAAAAGCUUCGAAGGUUUCGGAACCAACUUUCUCACAGUACAGAAGCUAUUUUUUCAGACGAAGCGACUCGGAAUAAUUUUCAGUAUAUCAGAGAUGUUAUAGUACAAAUCGAGAAACACAUUGGGAUUGAUCCCCAGUACAGUCUCCAGGUAGACUUCAUACAGAACGCACAGCUGUCCUCCGACGUCGCGGAGCUCCAGAUCAAACUGGAAGAACUUGAGUCUGAACGGGAUGCAUUGAAGGACGCUGCGAAGAAUGAGUUAGAAAAAGUUCGUCAGAAUUUGGAGGAAUGCCUCAAAAAAUACUGCGAUGCACUAGGGAUGUUCAAUAAGAAUGUGAACGGACAAGAUGCUCAAACCAGGAAAUGUAUCGAAAACCAUGAAGGAAGUGAUCGAUUUUACGUCGAGACAAAAGCUUCAAAGGAAGCGAUGGACGUUCUAAAAUCCAAGCACAAUGUUCUUAUCACUGGAAACAAGGGAUCAGGUAAAACCAGCCUGGCAUAUCACCUCAUGUACAAACUGAUGCCGUUGGGUAGGUGUACAGUCCAUGUGCUCGAUAGCUUAGACAUUAGACAUCAGAAAAUAAACACAGAUGGAUUUGUAAUUGCUCUAAUUGAACUAAAUGAAAUUAAAGAAAAACAAAGAGCAGAUUUAAACUUCAUCAUUAGCGAGUUAAUAUCCCCAAACAUUGAUUUAAGUUUAUACAUCAUUAUGACAACAAUGUCACAUAAUGUUGAUGAAAUAGCAGAUCUGACAACUCAAGUUGAUUUGUCUAACGUAAAAGAAUUCGCACUAGAUGAACAAGAGAAAAGGUCUAUCUUAGAGCAACACUUGAAACAGGUAGUUAAGAAAACGGGAGUUCCAUUGUUGCACCCACCAACCCAAGACGAAUUGACAGGAAUCGUGAAAGAACCAUCUUACCCCAUUUCAUUUCCACUCGCUGCAUCUUUGUUUGCAAAGAAUGAAAAAUAUCGUCGACUUGGUCCCACUUUCUUUCGAUCGCCUGUCGAUUACUUUCUUUCAGAAAUAGAAUCGCUCUGCAAGGCAAAAGCAACGUUUGUGCUGUUACUACAUAUAGUUUUUCAGGAUGUGACUGACAUUAUCAACAGUGAUGACAUCCGUACCUGGAUCACAGAUCUGGAGUUAGAUGUAGAUCCUAAAUCAACUGAAAAGGCUGGUAAGCGAGUCAAUGGGCAUUUGACUUUAUCAUGCAGAUCACAUAUUGGCUUUCAGCUAAGGAACCAAUGUGUCAGGAAGGCUUUCGCCGUAUACCUCGCUAAAAAGCACUUGCAACGUGCAAUGACAUGUUUAGACCAAGAGUACAUUGUCGACACAAGUAUCCUCAGUUGUAGAGCAGAAAACACAGGGAGAUGUGUUCAACUGCUUUCUGAAGAUUAUGAUAAGAAACUGUUGGCUAGGAGGUUUUUCAGAGAGAUACUUGCAGACAAAACAAAGCAUCUUAGCAAGAGUGAUGCGUGGUUAGAUGACACGUUUAUAGAACUAUCCAUUGAGGUUUUAGUGCAGCAUAUUAGAGGUACCAAAGAGGAUGACAAAGUAACAGAAGCAAGCAGUUGUAUAGAUAAACUGUACCAUUGGGCUGUUUCCCAUAGAUGUAUGCUUCUAUGCAAAAGUCUGCGAAAGUACAUUGACGACACGUUUGUGUUUGAUACACUGCCACAUUUUACUGAACAGCUGAUGAAAAGAUUCAUGUUAGUUGCUUGUACAACUACUCGCGAUACGCUUUGCAUUGCUGACAAAGAAAUUACCAAAAUAGAACUUCUACGUUUUUUUGUGGAGCAGGGAUCACGCUGCAAUUUUUGUACACCAAUGGUGGAAUGUAAAGACGAUGAAGGUUUACACUAUCUCCUGAGAGAAGGAGUUCUGGAUCCACAGCCAGACUGGGGUUUCUGGGAUUUUCUUCAUACUGCUGCAUCAGAGGGCGAUACGCUAUUAUGCAACUAUAACUUUGUGAAGUUGUUAAGCCAUCAAACAGAGGAUAUAGCGAUCAGCAAAGAAAACGAAGGGAUAGCUGAGUUUGCUAAAAAGGUCAAAUCAUUGCAAGACGAUAGUUACACCAGCAAGCGACAUUUCUUUUUUAGUUGCAUAGAGACUGUUGGAUUAAAUCAGUCUCUUAUGAGGGCCAUGAAGCAACACCAAUUUGCAAUACUUGACAAAAAUGAAAAAGGAUACAAUGGUUUGCAUGUAGCCGUUACAUCCACAUUGCCCGACAAGCGAGUACGGAACACCAUAACGGUUCUUGCUUUGACAGAGCUUGACUUACAGCAGCAUGUGAACAAGGAGGGUGAAACACCAUUAAUGAUGGCAGUACAAUUACCAAAUUGUGGUAUACAGCGUAUAGCUGAGCUUUUGAGACAAAAUGCAGAUCCAAACUAUGCUUCGCGUGACAAAUGUGGGCACACAGCAUUGCACCUGUGUAUAAUGUCGUCACUGGAUGAUGAAACUGUUUCAAUUAUAGUUUCCACAUUGAUAGAACAUAAUGCAGACAUCACCAAACGAUCUCUGUCAGGCGAGACGCCCAUCUCCCUUGCAAUAUCGAAAGGAAAAGCAAGAUUGAAAACACUUGGAUCACUUGUGAAAGGUAGGGAUGCACAUGCACAUGCCACACAGUAUAUGUUGCACUACUGUAUACAGCUAGACUUGGCUGAUAAUGACAAGGAGGAAGUUGUUAAGGUUUUGAUCCGUGAGGGAGUUAGUGUAAAUCAAAAAAAUGACAAAGGACUGACACCAAUCAUGGUAGCCAUACAAAAAACAAGAGAUAACGCUGACUUAGUCAGACAGCUUCUAGAUGAAAACGCUGAUGUGACCAUUACUGACAAUGAAGGACUCUCUCCAUUGCACCACUGUUGUAAAGCACCGCAUACGUCAGAUGUCGCUGUGAAAAUAGGUCAAUGGCUAUUACAGAGAGAUCAGUCUGGUAUAGAAUCACCCGACAAGAAGAGAAAAACGCCACUGAUGUAUGCUAUCAUGAACGAGAAUCAUACGACAUCCGAACUUGUGUUUGACCUAAUAGAGAAAGUGACUGAUGUCAAUGCAGUAGACUCGGGAGGAAAUACAGUGAUGCAUCUAUCAAUGGCCUCCCAUUUUGAAGAUGAUAUAGCAGCAGAAAUAGCGGAGAGACUCAUGACCAAAGCAGCUGAUCCAUUUGUGCUAAAUAAUUACAGUCAAAGCUCCCCCAUGUGCGGCCUCUCUUCGCCAAAAGUCCAUUUAAAAUCCAUCUCAAGAAUUCUCGAAAAGACUGCAGGGGACUCAUUUAGACCCUGCAAAGACAUACGUGGGCGUAAUUUACUACAUCUCUGUGUGGAUGCUGCUGAUGUUUCCGAUGAAGACGCGAGUACAAUAUGCAAACAGGCAAUAAUGUGCGGAGAAUCCGUCCAUGAAAGGUCAAAAGAAAGUAAAAGUCCACUGGAGAUGGCUGUGUCAUCCAAAUCAGUGCGACUCCAAACAAUAUGUUCCAUGUUAAGUUCAUCCGGUUUGAAAUUAACAUGCGAGAUUUACGACAUGUUGAAACAGGCAAACAAGUUAUCAUAUGAGUUUCUGCAGUUGCUACUUCAGCAAAAAAUAGAUUUAGACGAAGUCUGCAGAGACUCAAAAUUUCCUUACCAUGACAUAACUGAUGAAUCUCAGACAGAGGUUGAUGAAACGAUAGUCCUAUCUCUCAUUCGUCUAGGCUUUGACAUAAAUAAAACGAACCCCCAGGGUGACAGUGCCAUCAUGGCGGCCUGCAGGUUUCGUUGUACGGAUGCUAUCCUUUUGGCGCUUGGUAGAGAAAGUGAUCUCACAAAGCUGACCAACGAAAAAGAAACGUACCUUCACCUAUUGUCAAAAUCUAACAGGAGUGAUUUAGAAACUCGUGAUGCAAUGAAAUCACUUAUGAAGAUCGCACCAGUAAACGUAAAUCACUUGAGCAGAAAACAACGUUCAGCUUUGGCAGAAAGCGUUAUCAAACAAAAGAAAGACACUGUUCAGUUUCUGAUACAUAAAGGUGCAGAUCAUAACCAAAAGGACAGAGCUGGGAAAACAUCCAUACACCACUGUGUGGAGGGCGAUUGGUUUGAUGACAAGGCAUGUGCGAUGUUAGAUAUCCUGAUCAAAGAUAAGACAAAUUUUGUUGACAUGUUGGAUAACUCAUCGGCUAGUGCGUUGGACCUGGCAUCAAGUCAUGAGAGUCAUAGUAGGCUAUUUACUAUACUCAGGCUGCUAGAACUCGGAUCAGAUGUGGAAACAGUUGAUCAGUCUGGUAAAUCACCAAUCCAAAACUGCCUUACACACCUACGAGGACACCGAAAGUCGGUUGUUCUUGAACGAACCUGUCGGCUGACAAUGCUAAGGGUAUACGGAGUACAUCCAUUUUCUAAAGACGACGAUGGUAACACUGCAUUGUACAUCUGUGACAAACCGGAAUGGCGCAACAGACUACAACGAGAAAAACGAAUCCUACAGGCCAACAUGAUGCAUGUGCCAGCGUUGUUUGAGGAAGUUGUCAAAUCCUCAUUUGCCUCACUCAGUGUCAACGAUACAUUUUCUCAUGUCGAAUACCCAGUGAAAAAACUGACGCCAAGAGUUCUGGAUUUAAUGAAAUACUCUUCCAAGCUGCUCCACAGAGAGGUAUUUGAUGUUUAUGAAGAUGAUGCAGAUUUUGAUACAUUGAGUGAUUUCUUAGAAAUAAGAGAAUUUGAAGCCCGAUGAAUUAGGAGAUAUUGUUGUACAUUUGUUUUUAACAUCUAUGCCAGAGGAACAUUGGAUUCUGUCCACUAAGAACAUUUUCUAUCUUUCACAUGGUGAUAGGUAUAAAGGUGUUAUUUGUCAAAGUGUGAAAUUGUCCCUUUUGUAUUGACCAAUCAAAUUGGUUCUUUCUAUUGAAUGCAUCCAAAACAGCAGAGUUCUGGUCAGAUUCAAAUGAAGCGACGAUAGAAUAAGUGGUUUUCUUGUACAUCUCGUAUACAUCUACUAUGUCAUUUACCUGACUACACAACUGAUAGCGUUGUAAGCAAGACAUGCCAGAUAUUAGCACAAUGCGGAGCUAUUGCGUUGAGAAGCCCAUUCAAAAUGGCGGAUUGUUGUAAAGAAUAUGGCGCCAAAAGUAAUGUUCGAUGCAGUGGUAUCGUCGCCAUUUUAAGUACUUUUUGAAUUUAAUUAACAGAAAUUUGAUGGCUUCCCUGUUUAAUACCAUAUUUUUGCUCGUAGGGCAGAAUAUAUCAAUAUUUCCAUUCGUAUUUCGCGUUCGUGAAAAUAUCGGUAUUCUGUUUAACUCGUGAAAUGUAUAUAGUAUUCAACAUGUUACAGUUAUUAGCCUUUCAUUUGUUCACUAUUGGUCCACUAGAGUUAAAGUAGCCAUAGUGUACGAAGUGACAGACAUGCAUGAAUAUAUCGUGGGUGAUUUUAAGUUAUACCUAAAACAUGUCCGAAAAUCCGUCUAUUAUCUGAUACAGUUUAAGUAGAUUAUGCGGAGGAUUCCGUGAUAUUAUAAUAAUUGUCUUAAAAGAUCAAUUUAUUUUGAUAAGGGUCAGAUAACUGAUGGAGGUUUUGUAUCAUCUGUGUAAUGUUUUAAACACAGAAAUUUAGUUACGAUGGAUUCGAUCUACUGAGUAGAAAGGAAACACCCAAUGUGACUCAGAGUAACUUAUCUCCUUGUUUGUUGGGUGAUUUGAUUUUGUUUUCGUGAUGGGGAUCGUUGUUUCAAUAGUGAACGUAUGACGUGGAACCGAUAUUUAUGUUGUGUUGUUGAUUUGUGCAUUUAUAUCUAAGUUUGCUCUGCAUCUUCCUACUGUAAGCUAGGAGAAUACAAACGAGUUGUGAAAACAAAAUUUAGUCAGGUGAUCACUUUUUCGACGUCACCGAAUUGAUUGUGACAAUACUGAUUUUGCUAUCGCGAAACACUUCAGGGAAUUAUUUGAAGAGUGCGAAAUAAUGCAGUUACUUCUCCGUUAAAAUGUAUUUAAGCUACUGUAUGUACAUGUAAGUGAAGUGCUUUUCGUAUAACUUUUUUCUAUUUGUUUGUAAUGUACGUUUUCUCCUUUUCGUACUGAUCUUGUAUAUAGAAAUUGUUUAAGCUAGAUGAUAUGCUGUUCCCUGUAUAUUAAAUGUUGAUUAGUGUAAAGAUAUACUGUGACACUGAAAAGGUCCACUGCCAUUGACAUGUGAAAUGGUGUUUUGUGUACAUUUUCCCGAAGGCGGAGGUAUCAGUAGUUUACUAUAUUAUAUUUCCCCUUGACGAACGUCAAAAGAGGUGAAAGUGCUCGGGAGGUACCUUGUCAUUUUUUAUAUUAUACUAUCACAAGAACUUAGGAUGUGUUUCUGAAUAUAUAUUUACUAGCAUAUAAUGCACUACGUUUAUUUAAUAUCAUGUACAUGAUGUAGUAUGUGUCGAUACAGUUUAACAUGAAAGAUAAGGGACCAUAAUUUUAUGAUUUUUCAUCUUCAACCUAUUUUGAUGUAAACACCAUCAAAGUAAAAUGAUACAGUGAACAAUCAAAAGAUAAAACACAAAAUAUACAAAUAAUCCAGGCACUAAUGUGAGGUGCCAUUAUUUAAAAACAAAAGCUGUUUCAGUAGAAGGUAUUUGUCUUUUUUAUACGGAAACUUUUUACACAGAUUCGGCUAUAUUUAUAUGGAUACAACCGUGUAUGUACAUUUAUUGAUUAUGUUGUGUUGUAUAUAAAAGUAUUACUACUUUAUAUUCAUUUAACGAGUGAACAUACGUAAGUUUGUUGAUGCAUGCUUUCUUGUUUUAUUGACGUUUAUAAUCAUACUCUUUCAAGAGAUAAACACUGUCAUCUAUUAAACUGAAUUGUGUGUGUGCCUGUGUACGUGAUAUCAGCUGUGGGUAUUUUUAUCGCAUAUCACAUUGAUCUGGUUUAUCAGACUAGAAGAUAGCAACAGAAUAUAACCGCCGUACACUAGAGAAAUAUAAUAUUGAUUGUGUAAUCAUAGUUAGAUUUGACCGUCUUUUCCACUUUUUUUGCGGGGACUUCGAGAAAACAUGUAUUCGAAUUAAUUUAAUAUGUUAUUCUGGGGUUCAGGAUAUUUAGAUUUUCAAUAAUAAAGAUGAUAUUGGUAUUAUAAAUGUUUGACUAUAUUAAGAUGUGCAAGGUAUAUUUAACGAUCGUUGCAGCUUAAUGAUAAUCACAAAAACAAAUUCCGUGUACCGGUGUGUGUUGAUUGACAUAUUUCCCUGUUUAUAUCGAGACACAUCUUUUAGGGUGUCUCAUUUAGUGAGCAAACGUCUCUAAUAAAUACACAAUCCGUUACAUCAUCUGUCCUCCAACCGUCAACUUGCACACCACCUAUCACAAGUUACACUAACUAUCACACCACCUGUCGCACCAUCAGUCACACCACUAGUCACACCACCUGUCACCAGUGGGACAAUCAGUCAAACCACCUGUCACCAGUCACACAACAAGUCAAACCACCUGUCACCAGUCAUACCAUUAGUCGCACCACCUGUCACCAGUCAUACCAUUAGUCACACAACUAGUCGCACCACUAGUCACACAACCCGUAACUAGUCGCUACAUAAGUUAUCCUACACACAACACCUGUCACCAGUCACACCACAAGUCACACCAACUGCCACCAGUCACACCAUCUGUCACCAGUCACACCAUAAGUUAUCUUACACACAACCUUUCACUUCACUAGUCACACCACCUGUCACCAGCCAUACUACAUGUCACUAGUCAUUCCAUUAGUCACACCACUUGUCACCAGUCACACCACCUGUCUCCAGUCACACCAUAAGUUAUCUUACACACAACCUGUCACCAGUCAUACUACAUGUCACCAGUCAUACCAUUAGUCACACCACCUGUCACCAGUCAUACCAGUCACACCACAUGUCACCAGUCACACCAAAUGUCACCAGUCACACCACCUGUCACCAGUCACACCAAAUGUCACCAGUCACACCACCUUUCACCAGUCACACCACCUACCACCAGUCAUACUACAUGUCACCAGAACUGCCACCAGUCACACCACCUGUCACCAGUCACACCAGUCAUACCACAUGUCACCAGACACACCAACUGUCACCAGUCACACCACCUACCACCAGUCAUACUACAUGUCACCAGUCAUACCAUUAGUCACACCACCUGUCACCAGUCACACCAUAAGUUAUCUUACACAUAACCUUUUAACUUCACUAGUCACACCACCUGUCACCAGCCAUACUACAUGUCACCAGUCAUUCCAUUAGUCACACCAACUGUCACCAGUCACACCACAUGCCACUAGUCACACCACCUGUCACCAGUCACACCACCUGUCACAAGUCACACCACCUACCACCAGUCAUACUACAUUUCACCAGUCAGACCACCUGUCACCAGUCACACCACAUGUCACCAGUCACACCACCUGUCACCAGUCACACCACAUGUCACCAAUCACACCACCUGUCACCAGUCACACCACCUGUCACCAGUCAUACUACAUGUCACAAGUCACACCACCUUCCACCAGUCAUACUACAUGUCACCAGUCAUACCAUUAGUCACACCACCUGUCACACCACCUGUCUCCAGUCAUACUUCCUGUCACCCUACACCUCGAUCCACUUGAAUACACAUUUUUAUUGUUUUUUUCAUCAUGUCUUUCCACAUAAUUGUUUGUGCAAUUGUCUUUGCAUUUUAAAAAUUGUUUUGACGUUGAUGAGUUCCUUGAAUCUAGCAAAGGCUUGUUGUAUUGAAUAUAAGUAUUAUAUAAAAUAUAGCAAAAUGUAUGAAAUGAAUAGCGUGUAUAUUAUUUUAUGCUUUUACGCUCCUACUACAUUCCUCGUGUUAUGCAAUGAAUUGUUUGUAUAAUGCGAGGUAUAUUAGUAGGCACUUUCGUUAAUUAAUUAUAACAAUAGUAUUGCUAAAUUGUCAAACGUCAAGGACUUCAAAAAUCCAUGAGUUGAAAAAUGACUUACAACUAACGUCAAAACUUAAUCACACUGCUUUGAUUGAUCCUUGUUCCGAUUUAAGAUACAAAGCAAUAAAUGUAAUUAAAGGUCGAUAUUAAAUAAGGUGUUUUAGUCAGUAGUAUGAAUAGAACUAUGUAGGUUAUAUGGGCCCUAAUGGUCAGUGUAUUCUUAAAACAAUAUUGAAUUCGUGUCACGAGCCCAGGUCGAGUUACAUAUCGGAUACACUGCCAUGAAUUGUUUUUAGAAACAUUGGGAUCACAGUUAACUACUGUAUUUGUUGGAUCGGAAUUUUGAAUCUGACUGGAAACAGCUCUAAGUAAAAACAUCUAACUACGUUAUUCAAAUAAUCAACUAUAAAAGUAUAGAUGCCAAAUUACGUUUUUUUCACAAUGUUAAAUCGAUGUUUAUGAUGUAUUGCUGAUUUGUUCAUUUACAUUUACAUUUGCUCUGCAUCUUCCCACUAAGCUAGGAGAAUGCAAACGAGUUUUGAGAACACAAUUUGGUCAGAUGAUUACUUUUUAGACGUCACCGAAUUGUUUGUGACAAUACUUAUUUUGCUGUUGCGAUUUGAGGAAUGUGAAAUAAUUCAGUAAAAGAUACAUUUUCCGUUAAACUGUAUUUAGCUAAUGUAUUUUUUAGUGAUGUGAUCCUGUAACCUACAUUGCUAGUGCUUACAACCGAAUACGAUAUCGGGUUGAUUACGUUUGGCCGGGAGAUUCGUACAAGUACAGUACAAGUAAAUACUUCAAAAGUAGUCUCUAUCUAACAGUAUGACGUAGACAAAAUUGAGUUAACGUUAAGUAAAUGGCGAGUUAACAAUAGAAAUGUAUAUAACAGGACCGCAACACCAUUAGCUGAAACAUCAGGUUUCAUAUUAUUUGAUAUACACAUACAUUUUGUUUUUGAUGAAAAUAAAGAAUUGCUGCGAGAGCAAUACGUACGUAAU